GUUAGUCAUAAAGACGGCAAGAACAUCUCUUAAGUUGGCCCCAUCUUUUGAUUUUUUAAGACAAAAGAAAAAGGAAUCUUCUUCAACGAGACCUCCUAUAUUCCAAACAAGCUUCAGAUUUGCUAGAACGAUCUGGAACUUCUGAUCCUCCUCCAGUGCCACCACACUGUUUAAAUAACUCUAGGAAUUGAACUCAGGGCUUCCUGCACAUUAGGCAGGCAUUCUACAAACAAAGCCACCUCCUCAGCCCCAACUUCACUGCUUUUAAAACAGACAUAGGAUUGUGACUCGCCCUCAGAGGGGUCCCCUGUGGUUGCCUAUUCUCAUGCCUGUCUCCUAGAUGCUGGCAAAUAUUUCUAUACGCUGACCUCGAGUUUUUCUAAUCAAUAAAAUGCUAAUGGGAAUACACACAUCCGACCAGUUGCAGGUUGUGAAACAAAACCUUCAGAGAUCGAGAACUCUGCCCCCAUCUCAGUGGAGCAGUAGAGUUGUCUUCAGUGUCUGCCUGGUGUGCACCAUCCAGGCUUCUCUCCUGCUGUUUCCUGGGUUUUGUGAGACUUGGAGGUGCCCAGACCCUUUGGCUCUACGUUCCUGGCUUUUACCAUCUAUCCAAAGCUCAAUCUGAAGCUAUGGGUUGCCAACCGAGGCAGGAUCCACCACGACCCAGGAGUCCACAUUUCAGACUUGCUCAUCUCUUUGUGCUGCUGGUUGGUCUUCUUCGAAUGUCUUCAGGUGUUGCCCAAGUGUCCAAGUCAGUGAAAGAAAAAGUAUCACUACCCUGUGGUUACAACUAUUCCGUUGAGGAGCUAAACAUACUCCGAAUCUACUGGCAAAAAGAUAAGGAAAUGGUGCUGAGUUUCAUCUCUGGGGACAAAGAAGUGUGGCCCCAGUAUAAGAACCGGACCUUACUUGACGUCACUGACAACUUCCGUCUUAUGAUCCUGCCCCUCUUCCUGUCAGACAGGGGCACGUACACCUGUGUGGUUCAGAAGAAAGAAAGAGGGUCUUAUGUACGGAAGCACUUGACUUCUGUGGAGCUGUCCGUCAGAGCUGACUUCCCAGUUCCUAACAUUACUCAGUUUGGAAAGCCAUCUGCGGACAUUAAAAGGAUAAUGUGCCUAGCUUCUGGAGGUUUCCCAGAGCCUCGCCUCACCUGGUUGGAAGAUGGAAAAGAAUUAAGCGGCAUCAAUACAACAAUUUCUCAGGAUCCUGAAUCUGAACUGUACACUGUCAGUAGCAAACUGGAUUUCAAUAUGACAUACAACCACAGUAUUGUGUGUCAGGUUUCAUAUGGAGACUCUCAAGUGUCAAAGAACUUCACCUGGGAAAAACCCCCAGAAGCCCCUCCUGAUAGAAAUCACCAAGUUAUGAUCUACAUUAUAACCGUGCCAGUAGCUCUUUUUGCAUUCUUUAUGGUGUACAGAUAUUUCAGAAGAAGAAGUAAGGCAAGAAGAAAAGGAAACAAUGGCAUUUACCUAGGGCCUGCAGAAGCAUCAACCGGACAGAAUGUCUGAAGGUCUCACCUACAUUUGCAACCAGCUUCUUCUGUAAACAGCUUCAGAAAUCUAAGAUAACACAGCUGUGCCUUGCUGUUCUCUAGGCGAAGCCUCUGCAGUGUUUUGCAGAAGACCAGAGAAGAAUUUAACACAUACCACAGUAGCCCUGCUGAUCUUGAAAAACUAGUUUAGAGACUGAAUUCUUUGUCUGGAAGGGACAUUAGGGGACACUAACACAUCUGUCCCCAUUAACACACACACACACACACACACACACACACACACACACACACACACACACAGAGUGUUUUAAGAUAACACUCUUACCCUGUUGCUCAAAGUGACCUAGAAAUCACUAUGUGGACCAGGCGGGUUUCAAACGUGCAGCAAUCCUCCUGCACUAGUGCCAGAAUUACAGGUGUGAGCUACUACACUUGGCAGAACACUAGUUGUAUUAAUGAAGACACUGAGGCUCCAGGAGGAGACCUGAAUUUUGAAGUCGAGUCAGAAUCCAGAUUUCCUGGCUCUAUUGCUCUUAACCUUCAUCAGUUAGACCCUAAGCUCUAAGCUUGUAGAAAGACUAAUUUAAAAUGCUGGUAAUACUUGCCUAGCAUCUAUGGGGCUCUGGGUGCUUUUUUGUUUGUCUGGGUUUUUUGUUUGUUUGUUUUUGGAGCAGGGUUUCUCUGUGUAACAGCCCUGGCUAUUCUAGAACUCAUUUUGUACACCAGGCUGGCCUUGAACUCACAGAGAUUCACUCAUCUGCUUCCCAAGUGCUGGGAUUAAAGGCAUAUGACACCAUUGCCCAGCCGUUUCUUUUUUAAGGCCUAUUGGACCUACUGUAAUUUGUAGGAAAUAUCUUGGUAUGUAUACCCAUACAAGGGUAAUAAAAAUAUUAGAAUUUUCAUUCUGCAUUUUUCAUGUAUUUUCCUUUCAUUUUUCUCAAGUUUAAGAGAAAACAGAAUGAUCAAACAUGAAUUUUCCAGAUGUCUAAGAUGAAUGUGUCUUUCAUACCUCAAAGCACAAGUCAGGUUGGAGGCAUAGUUCAUAAUCUAUUAGUUCAUAUUGGACUGGCAAUCUCCUUAGGCUAGUUUGCCCUUUUAUAUAAUGCUUGAGAAAGUUCUCAUUUAAAAUGAGACUAUUUACUAAGCAGUAAUCUGUUCUCACAUAAAUGACUGAGGUGAUACUAGCCUUCCAUAGAACUUCUUAGAUUCCUUGAAGUGACUUUUGCUCCUUAGUAGCAAUAAGUAAGUCAGGCACAGUAGCACACACCUGUAAUGUCAGCACUCAGAAGGCUGAGGCAGGAGGAUUGAAUUCCAGGCAGCAUGGGCUGCAUAGUAAUACCCCAAGGCAACCCCUUCCCUGCCCCACCAAAGGAAGGGAAAACAAGAAGUAACCAGCUGCUGCUUCUAUGUUGAAAGUUCCCUUUUCUCUAAAAUUGACAUCUACAACUAAACAGGCCACAAGUGGAUCUGACUUAGGUCAAAACAAUGAGAUAUUCUUGUCCGAAAAUCUGGAGUUGGACAUCAAAAGACAGCCAAGUCUCUCAGUGUGGCUGGAUGUUUAAUCUUAGCUCUAAUGGGGACAGAUUCUGUUGCACUGUCCAAGAACCGGGUCCAUUUUUAUAUGGCUGCUCUCAGAACUAGUCACCCAAGAAGACAAAAGCAGUGCACUGGCAAGAAGUUGACAAGACAUUGAAAGCAAAACCAAACAAAAGGGGAGGGGGCUGCAUUUAGUUAAGACAAUGAUCAUUAGGUUGAGCAAAUGAGACCUCAAAAGAGAAUAAGUGACAAAAAAGGAACAAUCUAUGGGGCAAUUUAAGAAGUAAAUUGGAUUAAAUUAUUAACUACUACAUUUAAUAAAUGUUUGUUAGAGCUAUACUUUGAUUUUAUUACUCAGGUAUUUUUAGGUUAAAAGUAAAAUUAUCUUUAAAAGA